AUGCCUGCACGCACCCGCAAGCCAUGUCCGUUGAGGAACCCAGAUCGACCCUACUACGCCCUCGGCCUUGAGGGCUCUGCGAACAAAAUCGGUGCUGGCGUGAUCAAGCACUCAGAAGAUGGCUCCGUCAGCGUCCUCUCAAACGUACGACACACAUAUAUUACACCGCCUGGCGAGGGCUUCCAGCCCCGGGAUACCGCUCUGCACCACCGCGAAUGGGCUCUGAAGGUCAUCCGCGACUCAUUGCGUGAUGCGGGGGUCUUGAUGAGCGAGCUCGAUUGUAUAUGCUUCACGCAGGGUCCAGGAAUGGGGGCCCCGUUGCAGUCUGUUGCGCUUGUCGCCCGCACGCUAUCGUUGCUCUUUGACAAGCCCUUGGUUGGUGUGAACCACUGUGUUGGCCAUAUUGAGAUGGGCCGCGAGAUUACCGGCGCCCAAAACCCGGUCGUCCUGUAUGUCUCCGGCGGGAACACCCAGGUCAUUGCCUACUCACGCCAGUGCUAUCGCAUCUUCGGCGAGACGCUUGACAUCGCGGUCGGCAACUGCCUCGACCGCUUUGCGCGGGUGAUAAACUUGCCCAACGACCCGUUCCCGGGCUAUAACAUCGAGCAGGAGGCGAAGAAGGGAAAACGCUUGGUCCCGCUGCCGUACACGACGAAGGGGAUGGAUGUGAGCUUCUCGGGCAUUCUGACCGCCAUCGAGCAGUAUACAACGGACAAGCGAUACCGCGAUGAUGGAAAGGAAUACGGUCCAGACGACGACAUCAUCACUCCCGCAGAUCUGUGCUUCUCAUUGCAGGAGACUGUUUUUGCGAUGCUCGUCGAGAUCACUGAGCGCGCGAUGGCGCACAUUGGGAGCAAGGAGGUGCUUGUAGUAGGGGGUGUCGGGUCAAACGAGCGACUGCAAGGUAUGAUGGGUACGAUGGCUGAAGAGCGUGGAGGCAGGGUCUUUGCCACAGACGAGCGCUUCUGCAUCGACAACGGUAUCAUGAUCGCUCAGGCAGGCCUGCUGGCUUUCCGGAUGGGCCAGAGAACGCCGCUGAGCAAGAGCAGCUGCACGCAGAGGUUCCGAACUGACGAAGUGCACGUCUCAUGGCGCGCAUAG